AUUUGGCAGCACGCGCACUUACGCUCUGUGCUACCACCAAUGAUCAAAUCGGCGCUCGCGCACGACCAGUAGUUGGAAAAGAGGGGCCGAUCUCCGCUCCGUGAACAAUCCGCUCCUGACGAACGCUUCAUCGGCCUGAGAGCCACGGCGGUCCUUCGGUAACUGUCACCGACAGCACAGGAGCGCUUUGGAGGAAGAAUGGCGGAUUCGAGCAGCACUGCAGCGGUUGGGGCCGCGAACUCGGACUGCGUUGCUCCUGCCGGGGUGGCUGGCACUGUUGCGCAUGAUGGAGCUCCCGGAGCUGCGGGACCCAAACCCGGGUCCGAGUCCGUCAAGGGCCAAAUAUUUGAUGUGGGCCCCCGCUACACCAACCUGUCGUACAUCGGGGAGGGAGCGUACGGAAUGGUUUGCUCUGCUCUUGACAACUUAAUGGACCGGCGUGUAGCCAUCAAGAAAAUCAGUCCAUUUGAGCACCAGACGUACUGCCAGCGCACGCUGAGAGAAAUCAAGAUCCUGCUGCGCUUUCACCAUGAGAAUAUCAUCGGCAUCAACGACAUUCUCAGGGCACAACACAUAGACAACAUGAGGGAUGUCUACAUAGUGCAGACUCUGAUGGAGACAGAUCUGUACAAGCUGCUGAAGACUCAGAAGCUGAGCAACGACCACGUCUGCUAUUUUCUCUACCAGAUCCUCCGAGGCCUAAAGUACAUUCACUCGGCCAACGUGUUGCACCGUGACCUCAAGCCCUCCAACCUGCUCAUCAACACCACCUGCGACCUCAAGAUCUGUGACUUUGGCUUGGCACGGAUAGCCGACCCAGAUCAUGACCACACAGGAUUCUUGACAGAGUACGUGGCUACACGUUGGUACAGGGCCCCAGAAAUCAUGCUAAACUCAAAGGGCUACUCCAAGUCCAUUGAUAUCUGGUCAGUGGGCUGCAUCCUGGCUGAGAUGCUGUCCAACAGGCCUCUUUUUCCUGGGAAACACUACUUGGACCAGCUCAACCACAUACUGGGCAUCCUUGGCUCUCCAUCUCAAGAAGAUCUGAACUGCAUUAUCAACAUGAAGGCGAGAAACUACUUGCAGAACCUGCCUUUUAAAAAUAGGGUCCCUUUCAGCAAAAUCUACCCAAAGGCUGACUCAAACGCUCUGGACCUGCUAUGCUGCAUGUUGACCUUUAACCCCAUCAAGCGCAUUAGCGUUGAGGAGGCCUUGGCUCACCCUUACCUGGAGCAGUACUAUGAUCCCACAGAUGAGCCUGUAGCAGAGGAGCCCUUCACUUUCUCCAUGGAACUGGAUGAUCUUCCCAAGGAGAAGCUGAAGGAGCUGAUUUUUGAGGAAACCGCUCGUUUCCAGGAAAACUACCAGACAUCUUCCUGAGACACACCGCCCCUGAAGAAGAGAGACGAGGCUGCACAGAGGCUUGGAAGAAGAUGACUCCAAAUGAUAUGCGAAAACAAAAGAAAAAUGCAUCUUUAAGAAACAACAAAAAAGAGAAAACAACAACAUGUAACUGCUUAUCUUUCCAUUUCUACUGCAAGAGAGCUAUGUUUAACUUUGAUUUCUGUGGUUGGACGGGGUGGUCGGGU